CACCGCCCACAGGAGAAGCAUAAUUGAUCUUUUGAUUGACAUAGACAAUUUGAUCACUUCCAGCACCAGUUAUGUCCCUUUGUUGACUAUUAAUCCGACCGAGGACUUGACAGUUUCAUGUGAAUCAUACGGGUUUCACUAUGCGGCUUAUAAAGUUGUCCGAGACUUGAGGUCUUGGAUUCUUUUACAACAGAGGUUGUUGUGAGGCAGAUCUGGUGUAUCUUGCAGCGGCCGAGGUGUCUACAGUUAGUGAGUCCAGCAGUCAUGGAGGGAUAUAGAUUCCAGAUAGUGGUUGUGCUGUCCCACCUAGCGUGCCAUAUGUCAGUACGAGGUGAUGCUACUGAGUCCCUCCACCUCCUCCUGCAGGAGUUCUACGACUGGCGGCUGGAGGAUUCACCCGAGUUUGCCACCUACUCUGGCACAUACCGCUUUAACGACAGACUGCAGGCGUUCAGUCUCGCCCGCAUGGACGAAAGAAGAGAAAUAGCUCUGUCGUUUAAAGAGGAUUUACAACGUAUUGAUGCGUCAGAGCUCUGUAAGACGGAACGGAUAAACUAUCGCAUCCUGAAGGAUGUGCUGGAGACUUAUCUGGGCGGCUACAGGUGGAGGAGAUAUGGGUCAAUCAAUCCUCUGAAUUUCCUGGAGGGAAUACACGUGGACCCAGUUCACCAUGUGGAGGCCACGCCUUUCUUCACACGAGGGGACUAUGAGAACUUCCUCGUCAGACUUGAGAACACUCCUCUGCAAUUAGCUGAAUAUCAGGAUCUCUAUCGAACAGCCAUCGGAAUCAACCAUACCAUGCACAAUGUCUCCGUUAGUCGAGUUCCUGCACAAAUAGCACGACUGCUUGUCCGACCGGAGGAGUCGGCAUUUUAUGAACCGUUUACGGGUCUGCUGGACGAAUUUCCCUUUUCCGACACUGCCAAAAGAGGUAUACGAGACAGAGCGUAUUCUUCAAUUCAAGGAGUACUUGGGGCAUUCCAAGACAUGAAGACAUUCCUGGAAACAGAGUAUUUCCCUUCGACCAGGCAGAAGUGGGGAGUGGGUUCACUUGAGGAUGGCCAGAAUUACUACAAGGCCUGUCUUGAAUGGCAUCUGUCCACAGACAUGAGUCCAGAGAGGGUUCAUCAGAUAGGUCUUCAGGAGGUGGAGAGGAUCUUGGGGCUGAUGCAGGAGAUUGUAAAGAAGCAGAACUUCAAUGGAUCAAUUACUGAGUAUUUUGCUUUUCUGAGGAACGACACCUCACUGCAUACAGACUCAGCGGAGGAGCUCAUAGAAGGAUAUAACAGGUUGAUCAAUGAGAGAAUAAACCCUAAACUCCACGAGGUCUUCAAUCAUUUGCCGGAUCUGCCUGUUAGAGUGGAGCCCAUGCCGUAUGAUGGCCCUGCAGGGGAGUACCAGUCCGGCUCGGAGGAUGGAUCCCGUGCAGGGAUAUUCAAGGUCAAUGUGAACAGGCCGCAUGAAAUAGGGAAAUAUAUAAUGAUGCCCGUCACUCUGCAUGAGUCUGUGCCCGGCCACCACUUACAGAUCAGUUACGCAUUAAAGGCUAACCUACCUGACUUCCGGCGCAACACAGAGUACUUCCGGUAUUAUGAGGUUCCCUACCACUUUCCCUUCUACACAGCCUACAGGGAGGGCUGGGCGCUGUAUGCGGAGUCACUCGGAGAGGAGCUCAACUUGUACCAAAACGACUAUGAACUGAUGGGGCGCUACAGUUCUGAGAUCUUUCGAGCUUGUAGACUAGUGGUGGACACAGGCCUACACUACUACGGGUGGAACCGCGAGGAGGCCAUCCGCUACAUGCUCAAAUACACAUCCUUUUCCCGGGCGGAAAUGACGACAGAGAUUGACAGGUACAUCACGUGGCCAGGUCAGGCAUGCGCAUACAAGAUUGGCGAAAUCAAAAUCAAAGAGUUACGGAAGAGGGCAGAGGAUACAUUAGGCGACUUGUUUGACAUCCGGGACUUCCACUCCGUGGUGUUGGAGAACGGCCCAAUGCCUCUCACCAUCUUGGAGGAGAUCGUGGACGACUGGAUCCUAAACUACAAGCCCGCCACAGCAGAGGAGACGUGCACAGACGCCGCCCAUACUCAACACGUCUCUGUUCUUAUGUUUCUGUGUCUCAUCAUACUCGGUGUUUGUGGCUGACAAGUACCCACUGUACAGUCCUGUACACUGUACACUGCUCAUCCUUCCGGAUCAAUUACUAUAGUUUAACAAGAUUGCUGACAAUGAUAGAUAUUAUCCACCGCUAGCUAUACAUGGAUCGCAUCAUGCCAGAACUACAGGUCAUUUUGUGUUGAUGACGGGACGAAAUUGCUUCUUUGCUAUAGGCAGUUGAAUACAUCAUUGACUUUCCUGGCCUAAAUAUUAAAUUGGAUCCGUUGCGAUUGAGACUGAUUUGCCAAGACUAGGUACGCGGUUGGGGCGAUAAUGUGGUUCCUUUUCCCAAUUCAUAUGAACCGACAUGACUCACUGAAUAUUACUGACUGUGAGGCAUUCUAGAGUAACUUAGUGCAUCUCACAUACUACAAGGGGGCACCAGCAGUUCCACCUCGUGUCUACUUGUCCGUUCCACGUGUUGAUGUUUUGGCUUAUUCCGUGGUUCAUUCUGACAUUGUUUUGUUAUCCUCAAACAUUAUCAUUUAGGUGGGACAUCGAUUUCCACACGGGCACAAUACGUGCAUUUCAUUCUGGGUAUCCAACGCCGAGAUUUUACUAAAACAUUGUUCUUACAUCCGCUCUCUAUUCUCUGCUUCAAGAAUGGUUUCAACACAACUUAUACUUCAUACAACACAUGCCUUACUUUGUACAGCUAUGCAUGUUCGCUCACCGACUCAGUGUUGAGACAGAUGCCCCACUGCAAGUACUUUGUGACAUCGUCCUCCCAACACCAAUGUUUCGUGUGUGCCGAGGAUGGUACAUUGUGAACGUACUUUUUACCAGACAUCUGUACUGGUCUGGCUGUUAAUGUUCAUGUGCACUGUGAAUCAAGUAAUUCCCUUGGAAUCCCGAGAUCUGUAAAUAUACACGUCAGUGAUGAUAAUUUAUCAUUAAUAAAGUUAUUUUUAUACCAAA